CACUUCUCCCCCACAUGCACUUGCAGUCAGUGGUACAACACCACAGCAACGCACCACCGGCCAUCAACCUCCUCUCCCCUGCUUCUCGCUCGCUCUCCUGCCCUGUUUCUUGGAGAAGUGAGCUUAAGUGAGAGCCUCUGUCCCUCGCACACGCUAUUGGCCAUGGUGGUUCUCGCUGGCCCGCCCGCCGUCGAUCACAUCCCGCUGCUGAGGUCGCCGGACCCCGGCGACGUCUUCUCCGGCGUGCCGGUCGUCGACCUCGGCAGCCCCGGCGCGGCGAGGGCCGUGGUGGACGCCUGCGAGCGGUACGGGUUCUUCAAGGUCGUCAACCACGGCGUGGCCACGGACACGAUGGACAAGGCCGAGUCGGAGGCCGUCAGGUUCUUCUCCCAGACGCAGCCCGACAAGGACCGCUCCGGCCCGGCCUACCCGUUCGGGUACGGCAGCAAGCGGAUCGGGUUCAAUGGCGACAUGGGGUGGCUCGAGUACCUCCUCCUCGCCCUCGACGACGCGUCGCUCGCCGACGCCUGCACCGUCCCGUCCUGCGCGGUCUUCCGGGCCGCUCUGAACGAGUACAUCUCGGGGGUGCGGAAGGUGGCGGUGCGGGUGAUGGAGGCGAUGUCGGAGGGGCUGGGCAUUGCGCAGGCGGACGCGCUGAGCGCGCUGGUGACGGCGGAAGGGAGCGACCAGGUGUUCCGCGUGAACCACUACCCGCCGUGCCGCGCGCUGCAGGGGCUCGGCUGCAGCGUCACCGGCUUCGGCGAGCACACCGACCCGCAGCUCGUCUCCGUGCUCCGCUCAAACGGCACGUCCGGCCUGCAGAUCGCGCUCCGCGACGGCCAGUGGGUGUCCGUGCCCUCCGACCGCGACUCCUUCUUCGUCAACGUCGGCGACUCGUUGCAGGUUCUGACCAAUGGGAGGUUCAAGAGCGUGAAGCACAGGGUGGUGGCCAACAGCCUAAAGUCUAGGGUUUCCUUCAUCUACUUUGGAGGGCCACCGUUAGCACAGAGGAUUGCACCAUUGCCACAGCUGCUGGGGGAGGGAGAGCAGAGCCUGUACAAGGAGUUCACAUGGGAUGAGUACAAGAAGGCUGCCUACAAAUCAAGGCUUGGAGACAACAGGCUGGCCCAGUUUGAGAAGAAGUAGCUAGCUAGAUGCCUAGCAACAGAACUGGCCGGUCAAGCAACAACGACUUUACUGCAUGGCAGCUAGCUACCUUAGCUAUGUCUCACGCACACGUACGGUACACCAUGACCACGAGAAGAUGAAGCUGCUUAAGAGAGAAAAAGAAAAGAAAAUAAAAACAGGAAGAAGAUAAUAACUUCAAGAUGCACAAUGUACAGCCAGGUUGGAUGGAUAGCUAGAUUUUUCUCGUGUGGCUAAUCACCGUGUGUGGUGAGGUGGGCUCCUUUCCUGUUUCGGAAUACUGAUCGAUGGAUGAACAGCCUCCAAUAGUUAAUGUUAACCAAAUAUAGCACAACAAAGGGGUUCUUUUCUUCCUUUGGUUGUUUCUUUUUUCCUCUUGCCUUUGAUUUUCUCGUCAUGCUUUCUGAGCAUUAAUUAUGUGUGCGUGUAUUUCGGUAUACGUAACGUACUUUUACCUAUGUGUGUAUAGUACGUGGCUUGUGUUAACAAGUAAAUAUUAUAGUCUCUCUCUUUCGUUA